AGUGUGUUUGCUGCUACCACAACAUCGUGGCUUUAUGACAAGCUGAAGGUCAAGCGAUGCUCAUUUUCACGCUGAGUCCAUAGACAAAAGCGCAGAGCAGCUGGAAAACCGCUUUUGACGGAGCUCUGCUGCGUUUUCCAACGUUUUAGGAGAGAAAUGAGUGCGAAAAGCGGCCGAGCGGCGCCGCUCAUGCCGGUCAAUAUGAGAGCUUUGGAGGCUCCACGGACAAAACGCAGAAAGCUUCAGGGCUGAACUCGACUUCAACACGAAGAGACUCGAGUCCGCCAGCGGCCACCUCAUCGUCAGCCUCCGGCGCUUCUUCCCACACUCACCGUGGACUCUUUUCUGCUGAGGAGAAAACACAAGUGAGCCGCCAUCACAGCGCACUCAGGAGCCGCCGGCCGCCUCCAGUCUCCACGGCUCUCAUGCUGUGUUUAAGUGCCGCCUCCUGCGCCGGACUGUCCAGCUUUUCUCUCACACUCGUCUCGUCCUGAGCAGCAACGCAGCAGCAAGUAGAAAAUGGCCGAAGUCGCUCCAGCAGCUCCGACCGCCGCUCCGGCUAAAGCAGCCAAGAAGAAGGCGCCCCGGCCGAAGAGGACCGGACCCAGCGUCAGCGAGCUCAUCGUCAAAACGGUGGCCGCGUCCAAGGAGCGGAGCGGCGUGUCCGCGGCCGCCCUCAAGAAGACUCUGGCUGCCGGAGGCUACGACGUGGACAAGAACAAAGCCCGGGUCAAGCUCGCCAUCCGGAGCCUGGUGACUAAAGGGGUCCUGGUUCAGACCAAGGGGACCGGGGCCUCCGGCUCCUUCAAGAUGAGCAAGAAGGCGGCUGAGCCCAAAGCCAAGAAGGUCGCCAAGAAAGCCCCCCCGAAAGUCAAGAAGCCCGCAGCCAAGAAACCCGCCAAGAAGACCAAAGCUGCGGCGGUCAAGAAGUCCCCGAAGAAGCCCAAGAAACCCGCGACGGCCAAGAAGGCCACCAAGAGCCCAAAGAAGGCCACCAAGAGCCCCAAGAAGGCUACCAAGAGCCCCAAGAAGGCAACCAAAAAGGCCCCUGCAGCCAAAAAGGCGCCCGCAGCCAAAAAGGCCCCCGCAGCCAAGAAAAGCCCCGCAAAGAAGGCUGCCAAGCCCAAAGUGAAGAAAGCAGCAGCCAAGAAGAAGUGAGCUGCCGUCACACGUCCUGAGAAAACGGCUCUUUUAAGAGCCACCACCCGGUC